GGGCACCUGGUUUUUUUCGCUCUGGAGAUGGUUCUUAACCACAGGCCACACACACUUCACAGCCUCAUCUGGGCUUCGGGAGCCCCAGAGGGCACAGCUCUGGGCAGGAGACACAGCAGGUGGGCCCCUCCCUUGGCAGGGCGGGCUCGAAUCAGGCAGGGUGCUCCUAGCCUUGUCACCGGACACCGAAGGGCGUCACGGGCAGUGGCUGGCGGUGUCCUUCUGAGCUAAGCUGGGUCCUGACCUUUCACACUUCCCUCCUAACUUCCAUGGCUCUGUCACCGCCUUACGGAGGGGCUGAAGCCACAGACACAGCAAGGUUGGGGUCCGGCACCGGAAGUAUCCAGUGGUAGACGGCGGAACCCUUAAGAAACGGACGCCUUCAUGCGGGCGGCUGGAGAAGCGGACGCUGGGCACUGCAGCAACCACGCUUCGGCUGACACCAGGGAGGAAGCACGCCUGGAGCGGAUCCGAAACUACUGAGAGGGGCCAGGGCUGGCCGUGAGCGCAGGCCGAUCCUUACAUUCGAGGCCGGCCCAGCUCUGUAGCUUCCUCCUCUGGGCCUCUCACCCGCGCAGGACAUCGGUGGGAGCGCGCACGUGGCGGGGCGGGGGGCCGCGGGCCCGAGCCCGGACUGGCCACCGGGGGCGCCCGCGAGCUGACGCUCUGGCCCGUUGCGGUCUCUGUGGCCCGCGCGACCUUCCGGCCCUGGAGCCGGUGGCCGCGGGGCUCCAGCGACGCCGUGUGGUCCGUGCUCCGCUCUGUGGCUCCAGGGGGCCGAGAAACUGCUGAGAGUCCGGCCCGGCCGGCAGUGCUGGGCGCGGGCCGAGGGCCCCGGGAGGCAGCGGCCCCGCCCUCUUUACCUGCGGCCUCGCAGAGCAUGCUGGGAGCCGCGGGACGCAGUGGCCCCGCUCCCCUCACCGGCGGUAUCGCAGAGCAUGGUGGGAGCCCCGGGAGGCAGUGGCCCCGCCCCCUUCCCUGCGGCCGCGCAGAGCAUGCCGGGAGCCGCCGGCCGCCGGCCGCUGGUGUGCGGACCGCUCGCCCCCGUUUGGACCCGACUUCGGUUCUUCUGGGGUGUUGAUGCUCCUAAAGCCCGAGAGCACGUGUCCAGACCCUAGCCUGUACGACGCUGACUCUGCCCGGUCCCAGAACCAAAGCCAUGCCGGGGUGUGGCCUCUGACCCCACGCGGAGGGGACCUCGCCUUGCGGGACCCCACCUGGAACCCGACCUCCCAGCCUCGCAGCCGGCCUGAGCCGCCAUGCGCGGGAAGUUGCUGCCGCUGGCCGGCCUCUACCUGGUGCAGGGCCUGCCCUACGGGCUCCAGUCCGGCCUCCUGCCCGUGCUGCUGCGUGCCGGCGGCCUCUCGCUGACGCGCGUGGGGCUGGCCAAGGUUCUGUACGCUCCGUGGCUGCUCAAGCUGGCUUGGGCCCCGCUGGUGGACGCGCAGGGCUUGGCGAGGGCCUGGGUGACGCGCAGCACGGCGGGCCUGGGCCUGGUGUGUGGGCUGCUUGCCGGGCUGCCCCCUCCUGGAGCUGGCCAGGCCGGGCUGCCCGCCGCUGUGGCGGGGUUGCUGCUGUUGUUGAACCUGGGUGCCGCCAUGCAGGAUGUGGCCCUGGACGCGCUGGCUGUGCAGCUGCUGGAGCCGGCCGAGCUGGGGCCGGGCAACACCGUGCAGGUGGUCGCGUACAAGCUGGGGGCCGCGCUAGCUGGGGGCGCGCUGCUGGCGCUGCUGCCCACCUUCUCGUGGCCGCAACUCUUUCUGCUCCUGGCUGCCACCUACUGGCUGGCCGCGGCCCUGGCCUGGGCUGCACCAGCCCUGCGGCGGCUCCCACAGCAGCCCCCUUCCGAGCAGCGUCCCCACACCGCGCACCUUCUGCGGGACGUACUAGCCGUGCCGGGGACCGUGUGGACGGCAGGCUUUGUGCUCACCUACAAGCUGGGUGAGCAGGGUGCCAGCAGCCUGUUUCCUCUUCUCCUGCUGGACCACGGCGUUUCUGCUCCCGAGUUGGGACUGUGGAAUGGUGUGGGUGCUGUGGUCUGCUCCAUCGCUGGCUCCUCCCUGGGUGGGACCUUGCUGGCCAAGCACUGGAAACUGCUGCCUCUGUUGAGGUCGGUGCUGCGCUUCCGCCUCAGGGGCCUAGCCUGCCAGACUGCCUUGGUCUUCCACCUGGACACCCUGGGGGCCAGCAUGGACGCUGGCACAAUCUUGAGAGGGUCAGCCUUGCUGAGCCUAUGUCUGCAGCACUUCUUGGGAGGCCUGGUCACCACAGUCACCUUCACUGGGAUGAUGCGCUGCAGCCAGCUGGCCCCCAGGGCCCUGCAGGCCACACACUACAGCCUUCUGGCCACGCUGGAGCUGCUGGGGAAGCUGCUGCUGGGCACGUUGGCCGGAGGCCUGGCUGAUGGGUUGGGGCCACAUCCCUGCUUCUUGCUCCUGCUCAUCCUCUCUGCCUUGCCCGUUCUGUACCUGGACUUAGCACCCAGCACCUUUCUCUGAGCUGAGUGGCUGGAGUGGUCAAUAAAGCCACAUGUGCCUGUG